GUGAAUGUGAAGGUUCCCGCGAAAUAUGUCCUCCAGAGUUUGUUUACAUCUUGGGAGAGAGACCAAGGAAAUGUCUUUAAAACCCCAGCCUCACGUUACUACUGAGCUCUGUAAUAGGAAUAUUAGAGGAGUCUAUCCUGGUCAGAGAUAUAGAGCUUCGAAGAGUUUAUUUGCUUGGAGUUUCAAGUGUUACCGUGAUGAUGAAUAUGAAGGCAUUGCUGUAGAACUUCAAGAAAACAGUCCGCAGUCUGGAGUGGAGCCACCAAUAUAUGCAUGCAAAUUUGGAGAGGGAACUACCUAUGGUCACAUACUUGUAUUAGCAAAUGAGGAUGGCCAAAUAGGACUGCGAGACACACGAUUAUCUGGCAAUGUUUCCCCAGUGGAAGGUCAGCAGAUCCAUAACAAUGCCAUCUUUGAUGUAUGUUGGGUGCCCGGGUCAUCGGAGCUUGUGUCAGUGUCUGGCGAUCAGAGAGCAGCUAUUUUGACACUACGAGAGGAUGGCACCCUAGUUUUGACUCUGUCACUGUUGGGCCAUACUAGAUCUGUUAAAACUGUUCAUGUCAAUCCAUUUGAUCCUUGUGUGAUAGCAACAGGAGCCCGAGAUGGCAGUGUAAUUAUAUGGGACAAGCGCUGUAAGCCACACCACAAAGCUGAUGAAAUAGCUCCAGCCCACUCCAGUCUUGCACCCAGAAGCUUAGCGUCACCUAGUGUUCGUAAAGUUGCUACAAGCAGUUCUGCAGUGAAUAACAGUGUGACGGGUGUUGUAUUCCAGCAGCAGCAUAUUGUUAUCUCAGCUGGAGCAUCAGAUGGACUCAUUAAACUGUGGGACCUCCGCAAGACCCAUGGCGGUGGAAAACGUGAUCCCCAAUGCCAAAACACACUGGUGCACAGUGGCCGUUCUUCACAUAGAGGCUUUACCUCCUUAUCUGUUUCACCUGCUCGAGAUGUUUUAUACACAUCUUGCAUGGACAAUGCAAUUUAUGCCUAUCAUCUUACAAAUCCUACUCCUAAACCAGUUGCUGAAUAUACAGGUCAUGUGAAUCUGACCUAUUUUGUGAAGUCUUGUAUCAGCCCAUGUGGCUCAUCUCUAAGUGGCUCCAGUGACAAAUGUGCAUAUAUAUGGUUGACUGACUGUCCAGGACAGCCUAUAGCAAGACUUGGAGGACACUUUGCAGAAGUUACCUCUGUUGGUUGGUGCCCUGUUGAUGAUGAAAAGUUGGUAACUUGUGCAGAUGACAUGAAGCUCCGCAUCUUUCGGAGAAGAAAUGUCAACUUGGAUGACUUUGAUGAGAAAAUAAAUAUUCGUGGAAUGUCAAAGCCAUAUGUCGCAGAACUCGCUGCUGAGAAGGAAUUUAAUAGUAAGAUUGAAGUUUCUUUAGGAAAUAGAAAUAGAAUGGUUACUGAAUCUCAUGAUCUAUUAUCUUCUCUUCAUUUAACUCCAAGUACAUCAAAAACAAGGGCCUCUCUUGCUGCAACACCUUCAAGUACAAGGGAAAGAGAAGGGCAGUGCAGUUCAAAUUCCCCUGAAACUUUUCCCCAAACACCUCGACAACAAACUCCACGACACAAACAGGGAACUAGGGGCAAAGUCACACCUUGUACACCCAAGACAAGUGAUAGGAAUACACUACUAAAUUGGCUAGCAUCGGCUAAAACUCCAGGUUCUCGAGAUUCUCCAAGUACUUCUGGGGUAACGGUCAUAAGUGACAGCAAAAAGGCUAGCCUUAAACGUAAACUUACUGAUCUCAUUGGUGAGGAUCAGGAAAAUUUUAAAAAUGAGGUUAAGCCAAGGUCCCCUAAUUCUCCUAAAAAUAUUUUAGGUAUAUCAACUUCUGUGAACAGUUCAUUAUCCCCUCAGUCCAGCGUUGCCAAGAUGCUCAAAUAUGGAGAUGAUUCAGGAUGUAGUGUUUUCAGAAAGUGUCGAGAAAAAGAUGAAGGAACCUUGGAAAUGGCUGAUAGUGUAAAGCCUAUUGAGGUGCAAGAUAAAGUAGCACUUGGAGUUGGCUUCAGAAAGCCUGUUACAAAUGUAGCUUCCAAACAUGUGGAGAAGAAUGAACAUUUCACCAAGGAGAAUAUACAGAAGGAUGAUACAGUUGCACAGUUACCAGAGCCUCGUAUCAGAAUGCAGAGCGUUUCCUGCUCAACAUCAUUCCAAUUUGGAAACCUCUCCUCUCCAACUGCAAACUUGCCAAAUUACAUCAUAGAUGGACUAUCUCCACACAACCGCCGUGAAGCCAGAGUGGAGAAAAAGCGUAACACUGACUGGCUUACAUCAUUCAGUCAUCAGAAGAAACUGAAAUUCACAAGAACCCCAGACAAAGUCAUAAAAAAGGUAGUAACUUUAAGGUCGUCAUAUCUGCAAAAACAAAAAGAGAGAAAAGUACUCAAGAUAAAACAGAAGAAAUGCUCUGCACCAUAGCAGAGACACCAUUUUGGAAUUAAUAUUUAGGCAUAUAUUAUAUACCAAAGGUUGAGUCAUUGUAUUUCUUGUCUUACUCUGUCUUAGUCACUCGAGAGUAAUUGGUAUCUUUAAUUUGCAGACUGACAUUUUUACAAUUUCAUUGUACCACUGUAUAAAUUUAGCUUUUACUUCUUUCAAAUGGUACCUGAGUAGUUAGUUAAGUACAUAUAUUAUGCUCAAUAAGUGCAAGAGAUCAUUAUAUUAAUUAUUAGAGGUUUGUGUGAAUUACCAUUUCAAACUACUUUUAAGACGAUUCACAAAAAAUGCGCAAUUAGGAGAGUAACCUUAGAACAAUGAUUUGAUCCAUCCUGGACCAUCCUUGUCAUAAUUGAGGCGAGAAUGGUAGGGGACAAAUGGAAGGGAGUGGUAGUACUUGGAGUAGUAGUGGUAGUAAUGGUGGUGGUCCAGGACAAACCAAAACUUCAUCACGUGGUUCCUCUCCUGAUUGUAUGUUUUAGGUGGAUUGUUCUAGUCACGAUAUUGUGACUUUAUUCUUUAAGCUAUUAUUAUUAAUAUAAUCAAGUUCAGCAGUAAACCCAAAAAUGUCGUAACAGGACUUUUAAGACAUCUGUUAUCAUAAAUGUCUUGGUGUGUGACAUUGUAUCUCUUUUGGUACCAUAAUUUUACUGAAUGUUACUCUAAUUUGGGUUUUUAACUUCUGAUUACCUCCCAAUCUCUAAGUGGUAUAUGAUCCUAACCAAUUUAGUGCUUCCUCAUGAGUAUUAUGAUAUUCAGUGCUUUUAACAUAAAAUGUUGUUAACAUUAUUAAUUCUGUCAUUGUUUCCAGUUUUCUUAAUUUAGUACCAUAAAUAUAAUUUUUCUUCUAUUG